AUGCAGCCACUGCUCCAGUCUCCUUUCCGCAUGGCCACUGUAUUCCUGCUCUUCCUGGUGCCCAACGGCAAAGCCUUUAUCCGGGCAAUUUACAACCGUAACUCCACCAGCCAAGAUUUCAGUGCCCUCCCUGCACUCUUUGGGCCUCCGCUCGCCAGCAAGGGACUGACAGGUUAUCCGAUCGAGGUGAUGCCUGCAAACGCCUGUCACCCUAUCGAAAGCCCGCCGGCGCCCCGCAACUCCUCCACAGCCUUCAUCAUGCUCAUCCGUACCUACGACUGCACUUUCGGUGCCAAGGUCCGACACGCUCAGCAAGCCGGAUACCGAGCCGCCAUCGUGCACAACGUGAACUCACAAGCCCCUGUGGAUAUGGCGAUUGGCAUGGAAGAGAUUCAGCAGCGGACCGAGAUACCUUCUGUCUUCACUGGGGAAGCAACCUCCAAGCUCUUGAGAAAGGUUUGCCGCUCUGAUGAAGGAACUCACGUCAUCCUGGUCCCUGAAUACUAUCACUUUGCCUGGGAGGAGGAUGCUGGGAACUCCUGCCCGCGUGCUUGCAGGUGCCGACUCCAGCUGCUGGGACACUGCUCCCAAGUCCCAAUUCUUCCAAUCUGCAGGGCAAUUAGCAUCCUGGCUGCCAUAGUGACAGGCAUCCUGCUCAUUGUGAAAUACACAAUGGGGUACCACAUCUGGAGGAAGAGGAGAAACCCACUAAGAGAGGAGCAGGGGAAGGAAUCCUCCACCAGCACGUUUAAGAGAGGCACCAAGUACACCGAAUGUGCCAUCUGCCUGGAGAUGUAUGAAAAGGGAGACAUGCUGAAGAUUCUGUCUUGCUCCCAUGCCUAUCAUGGCAAAUGCAUAGACCUGUGGCUCUUAACCCAGACCAGGAAUAAGACCUGCCCUCUCUGCAUGCAGAGGGUGACGGUGGCAGCAGAAAGCCCUGACUUGGACAUAGAGGAAUGCAUAGAGGAGGAGAGGGAUGAAGGCAACCAGGAGGGUGAGGAAGAUGGGCACAACAGGGAGGGGCAGUAA